AUGCCUGAUCCUCCACAUAAAAAAUCAAGAAUCGCCAUGAUAAUUUUGGCAUCAGUGUUUUUUGCUACGAUAAUUGUAGCUUUCCUCAUAUGCUUAUGCAUGCGAUAUAUUAAACGAAGAUCAACAGAGGAAGGAAGAGAGAACAAUGUAGACAAAGAUUGGGAGAAUUCAUUGUUUCAAGUAACAAACUUGCCCAAAAGAUUCACUUACCAAGAUUUGAAGUCUGCAACAGAUGACUUCCGUAAAAAGCUCGGGGGAGGAGGAUUUGGAUCAGUUUUUGAAGGUAGUUUGAGUGAUGGUACCAAAGUUGCAGUGAAGCGCUUAGAUGAUUUUGGCCAAGGAAGAAAAGAAUUUUUAGCAGAAGUAAAGACAAUAGGUAGCAUACACCAUGUCAACCUUGCGAGGCUUAUAGGAUUCUGUGCAGAAAAUUCACACAAGCUUUUAGUCUAUGAGCAUAUGAGCAAUGGAUCUUUAGAUAAAUGGAUCUUCAACAGAAAUCCAGAAGGCACUCUUAAAUGGAAAAUCAGGAAGAAGAUCAUCCUAAAUAUUGCCAAAGAGCUAGCCUAUCUUCAUGAAGAUUGUAAAUUGAAAAUAGCCCAUUUAGAUAUCAAACCUCAAAAUAUUCUUCUUGAUGACAAAUUUGAUGCUAAACUAUCUGAUUUUGGAUUGGCAAGGCUGAUUGAUAGGAACCAAAGCCAUGUAAUAACUCAAAUGCGAGGAACGCGAGGGUAUAUGGCUCCUGAAUGGCUGAGCAGAAAAAUCACAGAAAAGGUUGAUGUAUAUAGCUUUGGUAUUGUCAUCUUGGAAAUUAUUUGUGGGAGGAAAAAUUUGGACCUCUCUCAGUCAGAAGAAGAUGAUUAUUUACUUCUACCCAUUGUGAAACAAAAGGCAGAGGAGAAUCAAUUAAUUGAUUUGGUUGAUAAGUGCACUAACAUGCAACACUACAUAGAUGAAGCAAUGGAGAUGAUCAGUGUUGCCAUUUGGUGCUUACAUAAUGAUCCCACCAAAAGGCCUUCGAUGUCUAUUAUAGUGAAGGUUUUAGAGGGUGUGAAAACCAUGGAACCAGUUUCUAACUAUGGCUUUUUGACAUCUACUAUGGUGGAAGCUCCAGUUAAAGUCGUUAUGGUACAUUCAGUACCACAAUCAGCAUCAAUUUUGUCAGGACCAAGAUGA